AUUUAACAAAAAUCCCGUAAGAUGACAACUGCCGCUCUGGAUAAUUGCUAUGUUAGGGUGAAACCCUCAAAGGCUUUGUCCGAUUACAUAAGCAGCAUUGGAAGUGUGAGUGAUAUGCCCAAGAAUAUUUUGAGUUUCAAGUCUGCGAAAGAAUCUGAAGUGUCGUUUGUUAGAUGGGAACACAAGGUGUUAAUUAAUCCCACUGAUAAGGAGUUUAUUGAAACCCUUUGUAUGGAAGAUGAUAAAGAUGAUUAUGUGGUUGAAGAAAAGCCUGUUGAAGGGGAGGAGUCCAAAAAAUUCCUGUUACUGGAAGAUUUGCAUUGGCUUAAGGAGUUUAUCGACUCAGAGAACGCAAAGACCGGUGAGAAGGUGUACUUUCACGAGCUGUUCGAGGGAUCCAACCUGGUGCUACCCGAGAACAAGGAGGUGCCGCGCAAUCCGGAACUGGAGAAGCGUUGCAUCAAGUUGAAAGCCCAGCAGGAGAACAGGGUCUACAAGGCAAUGACCAAGAACAUCGACAACGUACGGAUGAGGCAUCCGGAAGACACCAUCGCAUACCAGGUGAAGCAGAUCAACAGUCAGCUGAUCGCGAUCUUCCAGUUCAUCGUGUCCGUGCUCGCGGGCUUUGCGUUCGGCUUCAUUGGCAUCGAGGUGUUCGUUGGUAGCCUGGACUUUGGCUUCCGCCUGCUGCUUGGCAUUAUGUCUGCAUUGAUCGUCGCCCUCGCAGAGCUCUAUUUCCUCGCUAAGAAGCUCAACGAAGACCUCGAGUUCGAGACGAAGAUCAAAGAGAAAGUCAAUUAGAGAUGUCGCGCCACACCCAAAAUAAUUAGCAAAUAUUGAUUACAAUUUUAUAUGUAUUCCCAGAAGAAAAUAUCUCGAGCGCGCGCUUUGAAUACGUGAGUACCACUCGUGACGUUUUUGGAAAGCUUUGGGCCUUCUUCAUUAUGAUUUUAUUAUUUGUUUUGUUUUUAUUUUCCAAAAUUCAUUACUCAUUCCACAGCUACAGUCUCAGAACUCCAUAACAGUCGAACGAUUAUAAAAUAAAACUUGUCGAUCAAUAGCUGGAAGUGUCCAACUUGCAAUCACCGCAUUCGUCCUGUACCGCUUAACUUUUCUAACCGGAGGUUAAGUUAUAUGACCAAGGUCGAAUGUUAAACCGAACAGGAAUGUGUCAUUGACAAGACUGAUGUUUUUUUUUUCAAUUUUGUUGGGCGUGAUUAUCACUCGCUUUUAUAAUUCUAAGGGUUUUAUACAGUGCUCAUUGUUCAUUAUUUUAACUGUACCUUAGGAUUCAAAGAAACGCUUUAUUGAUUAUACAAAACCUUUUUGGUUAUCUUUAUACACACACAUAUAUAUAUUGUUAUUUAAUAU